UUUGCAGAUGUUUGUAGAAAUGUAAUUCAAAGCGAUGAAUUUCUCACUUAAAGUGUCUUUAGAAAACAUUGAUUUCAGCAUUGCUGCAUUUCUUUUUUCGUAUCUGAACUUGCUGAACUUCCACCAUUUUGCUUUUCAAGCUUUCCUUCACUUGUUGUUUUCACCUGGAAAGCGGACCCACUUGAUAAUUGCAUAAUUACUGCACUGUGUUAGUGAAUCAGCUGCAUUACACACAGCUUUGACUGCAAAUUAAAUAAUUUAUGCUCUCUUUCAAGUAUUUAAAUCAGUCUCUGAGUAUCAUAAGCUUUGAUGUUACUCUAGUAGUUUAGAAAUAUGAAAAAUGACUACACUUGCAUGCACUUAAGUCCAUAAAAAAAUGUAACACAUAAUGGAUUCUUUUCAUUGUCACAGUCUUGUGAACCUCUUCCUGGUUUCUGUGUUAUUUAUGUAUAGAAGCAGAUUUUAAAUCCACACACAUAUGACCUUAUUUAACCAACAUUACCAGCAGUUUAAACAUGCUAGGAUGCAAACAGCUACAGGGGGAACCGUUGUGCUGUACUAGCCCGAUUUUUAGAAUAGGAAUAAUUCCUGUAAACUGCACCCUGGCAUGCAGUCAUUGUUUGACUACAAACAAUAUAUUCGUCCAGAUCCUUACAGCUCAGAGUGUCCAAUGAUUUGGGAGGUGAGAGGCUGCAGAGAGAGUCAAAAGUCCCUUUCACAAGAUAUGGCUUAACACUGAAUUUUACCCACAGUGUAAAACAAUGUGUUUGAAUCUCUGGCUGAUUAUAAGGAAGAAAAAGGGAGGUGUGAGAGGGUGGGGGAAGAAGGCAGCCUCGUGCCCUUGCAGUUGAUCAUUGGUUGGAGCCAUAGGGAAGGGGAGGGGCCUCAGUGCCACAGAGAGAGAGAGAGACAGAGAGACAGAGACAGAGGGAGCAAGAGUGAGAGAGAGACAGCAAAGGAGGAUAAAUGAACACAGGGGUUCUCCCAGCAUCGGUAUGCCUGCCUACCUCAUUUCCCCCCAGACAUAGAUCCUGCUACCUCUGGAUAGAGAUUACAGCCGAGCUGUGUUUGUAUGCGUGUACGUGGACGUUCAGUCACCCCACGCACUGCCUUCAUCCUCUCAGCUCACGGCAGUCUGCUGUGAUCUUACUGCGAAGGACCAGACAGAAGCUGAGACAAGAGCAAGCUGACAUGGAAGAGUGGUGAAGGAGAGGCAAGACACAAGAGGGAAGAAAGAAGAAACUGGAAAGAGAAGCAGGAGGACACAACAAAAAGGAGAUAUUAAUGUCUCUUAGCCUCAAUUUAUGUAUGCAGCACAUUACACAAUGUCUUUGCACUGGAAGCUGUGUGUGUGACUCUGGACUACAGACAGAUAAGAGAGAGAGAGAUUCAGUCUGUGCUUUCUGCAGCUGCAGCAGAUGUUGAAGACAUCUCUGACUUUAUAGGGAACGGAGGCAUUUCAAGCAUAGAUUGGACUGGAAUUCCUUUAAACAAAGUCACAUUUCUUUCUAUUUUUUCCCAUUUUGUGCCUUCAGCUGGGAAGUUUGCUUUACUGGGAGAAAUAAGAAGAAGAAAAGGAAUACGCAAGUUUCUUUUUCGUGUGUUUUUUUCACCCUGGUGGUUUUAUAUCUUUGUGUAAAACCACAACUGCCUGCACUGAGGACGAACCCGGUGGUGGGGUGGGUGUGCUUCCUCACCAUUCUCUGUCCGUUCCUGCAUUUUAAAUGGCAGAUGGCGGCAGUCUCGUCGUGGAACCACAGCAUGGAGCUUUUUGUUUGGACUGAAAUCAUCCAGCUACUUAAGGAACCAGCCAGCUACCUGACAAAAUAGUGGGUUCUUUGUACCCUUCAAGGGCCCCACGGACACAUAUUGCUGCCCAAGAUGAUGAAUUCCUCCCUGGAUCCACUGAACCAGAGCUCUGCUGAUCUGUCAAACUUAUCUGCUCCUUUCUGCCUGCUUGAGAUAGGCUAUUCUCAAAUUUUCUCCACCUGCCUUCUUGAAGUUUCUAUCAUACUGCUCCUCACUGUUCUCAUUAUUUCCGGUAACCUGGUGGUGAUUUUUGUGUUUCACUGUGCCCCUUUGCUUAGCCAGCACACCACCAGUGCUUUCAUCCAGACUAUGGCAUAUGCUGAUCUGCUGGUGGGUGUCAGCUGCCUGUUUCCCUCCCUGUCCCUCCUGCAUCACCUCCAGGGCCUCGACCCCAAACUCACCUGCCAGGUGUUCGGGUACAUGGUGUCUGUUUUGAAAUCCGUCUCAAUGGUGUCGUUGGCGUGUGUGAGUGUAGACCGCUACAUCGCCAUCACACAACCUCUGACUUACGCGUCCCUGGUAACACCUUGUCGAGUGCGCUGCUGCAUCGUUCUAAUAUGGUUGUACUCUGCUGUGGUGUUCCUGCCAUCUUUUCUCGGGUGGGGGAAACCUGGUUACCACGGCGAUGUGGUGGAGUGGUGCGCAGUCGAGUGGAGGACUCGUCCGGCUUUCACAACCUUCAUCGUUGCGCUGCUCUAUGCCCCGGCUGCUCUCACUGUUUGCUUCACCUACGCCAACAUCUUCAAGAUCUGCCGGCAGCACACGCGGGAGAUCAGCGAGCGCCACGCUCGUUACCGACCCCAGCAGCUGCAAGGCCCGGGACCGACUGUAGGAUCUGUGCUCAAGGACAACAGCGCAGUAGAACAAGGGCAUUUGUCCCAACCACAAAAAUCACAACCACAGUAUCAGCAGCCCACAUCAACAUACCCAGACAAGCGAUACGCUAUGGUACUGUUCCGCAUUACGAGCGUGUUUUAUAUCCUCUGGUUGCCCUACAUCCUCUAUUUUCUGUUGGAGAGUGGAGGGAUCUACCACCAUCCUGCAGCCUCGUUCCUAACCACAUGGCUGGCCAUCAGCAACAGCUUCUGUAACUGUCUCAUCUACAGUCUCUCUAAUUCUGCCUUUAGGAAGGGCCUCAAACGCCUCUGCUCCUUCUGUUUUCAGCGCAGCAGCAGUGGUUAUGGGGUUAGGAACACUAAAAAGGCUUUCCUCGGAUCUGUUGAAAAAGGAUGUGCAGGGCCGGGGUAUGGAUAUGGUCAUGGGGAAAUAGGAAUUGGCACAACCUGUCAUGUGUAAGGCACACACAGAGGAAACCUUCGUGUCAAGUUGGCAUUUGAACUUUUAAAAAGAUGCCUAAUGUGAUUGCUGUAAAAUGCCUCCUCCUCUGAGGCUGAAACGUGCUGUUAAAGAGAUGGAGAGGGGUGUCGAUUUGCCACUGCUGUUUCUGUCGCAUUUGGAGGUUGCACAGGCGUCCUCUCUGCACAUGCCACAGCUGGCAAAAACAGAGAAAGGAAGUCGAGAGCAAAGCGCUGACAGAGAAAAGGCCUGAAUAACCCUGCUAGAUGUUUUCGAACCAAGUCAAGGAAACCUAGUAAACUGUACUGUGUAUGGACAUGGGUGAUAGGAGGGAAAGAAGGUGUCUAAAAAUCAUUGUUCUGUCAUGGGAAGUGAAUUCUUAACUUAUUUUGCCAAAACAACAAAACGUUACAAGAAAAGCGUUCUGAAAAGUUUGUAUGUGAAACAAUAUGAUCCUCGUUGCCAGAUUAUUAGCACACUAUGAGCUGAAUGCAAACCGAACAACAGCUGACUGCUGUGUUUGAGUCAUGUAGAGCUGUGGUGAACUGCGAAUAGCGAAGAGCUCUUUAAAUGUGUUUUCAUGUGUUCUUACCCCAUCAGUAUUUGAAUACUAAAAUCGAUGCAACAGUGUGUUUGUGUAAUUGGUGUCUCUUGUUAUUGACUGAUUGAGCUUAGUUAGUAGAAAUGGAAAGAUAUGAAGUAGGUCUACACCCAGUCAUUUUAUCAUCUGUUUGCAUUGACUGAACUGUUGAUGGUGUGUCAAUUCUAGAAAUUCUAGAUUAUUUAUUGUUGUUGUACAAGACAAAACAUUAUGUCUUUCAUGUUUAAGUCAUGGGUUCACACAUCGAGUCUACUGUUUGUAACAUAUACUAUGAAAUGCUACCCAGCUUUGGUGUACGACUGUUAACCUGACAAAACGUCAUUUUCAGUGAAUUGAGUUUUUCAUAUCUUUGUUUCAUUGCACCUUUUUGUUGUUUUCAUUAUGUAACUCAACUUAUUUCAUAACUGUGUCCACCAUGAAGAGGGACUGACCCCUCAACUGCCUGAGAAUUACAGACGCGUGUGUGUGUACUCAUCCAUGUAUGUGCAUGCACACAUUUUUUAAAUCUUAACUUGAUAUUUAACGCAAACCUCUCAAGACCAAUAAUAACGUGAAAAAACCCAAGUGUAAAUACUGUGUCAUAAACUCAAAAGUUAGAAAGAUUAUCUCUAUUUUGAACCGCGGAGAGUCAUGUCACAGUUUAUUUAGGUGCAGAUAAUCUAGCUUUAUAUACUUUAUCUAAUCUACCAAAGAAAGUUCACCAGAUAUUCUUGGAUUAUAUUUUUUUCUAUAAAUAUCUAAUAUAUGAAGAUUUAGUAAAAUGCGAGUGGGUUUUACACAAAGUUUGUGGCGGUUCACUGCACUGUGUUGGCUCAGUGAUGCCUUAUGUGCAUGAGUAUGACUGUUUCUUGGUAUAUUGUGAUAUAUUGUUGCCUUGAUAUGCAAAUGAAAAUGAACUGUUGGGAAAGCGUUUUUCCUCCUACAUUUAGGGAUUGCUAGAUGUAUAGAGGGAACGACACAGACUGGAAAUUGUACGCCUUGAUUCCACAUUCAGAGUAACCUGAACCCCGCUUGUUGUGUGAAACUAUUUAAAAAUCUUGCUGUUAAUUCAGCUGAUCUUCAAAAAAAAUCACAAUUUGCAAUGAUAGCCCCUCUCUCUUAUGUAAAACUGAAAAUAACCAGGAGCACAAACACAACUCAAAACUUAGUUUUGCAUGUAGUUGUAUGUAGUAGUUGUGUGUGAAUAGGUGUGUAUGAGUGUGUGCACGUGCAGGUGUGUUAGGAUGCGACCAUCGGCUGAAUUGGACUGUUUACGGUGUUCUAGCAAGGGUGCUAACAGAGUUAUCACCUUUUAUUGCUUUAUUAGCUGCACAUCACUUCCCUCAAGUAUACUGUAUGUUGUCAGUGUAUGUGAGUAUGAUGUACAGUGGUGGUAGAUAGAUUCACAUGUUGUCUUUUAAAUAUUUUGGCUGUCACCUGUGAAGCAUUGCCAAAUAUUGUAAUUUUUUUCCCUCUUUGUAGCUUUUGUUCAGAAACGGCGUAUUGAAUGUCUGAUUGUCAAACUGCAGAAAUUUAUUUUUGUAAAAUAAUUUUUGUCUGUUUCUUGUGAAGUGAUAAAUGUUGCAGACUCUGAGUAGGUUUAGUAGCAUGCUUACUUAGUGAAAUGAUUGAGGCUGUGUCUUAAUGAACAUGCAUCAGCUCAGCACUAAAUGGAUAUUAUUGCCCACAGCAGUUAAUGGUACAAUUCCUCAGAAAUGUUUAAGAUACAGGGCAGGGUUUCUUGGGAAAUUAUCCGAAACAUGAUCACAUUAGCUUACACACACACAUUCUAUUUUUCCUGUGGGAAAACGAUCAGCUCUCAUGUUCUCAAGUGAAAGACUCACUGCUGGUGGCUGUGAGGAGGUACAGUGCCAUGUUGGGUUUAGAGAGGGAAUAUGGACGGUAGGGCCGGAAUACGUUUGUACGUUAAAUGCAGCCCUCUGCAAUGAGAGAGGAAUAUGAUGUUGUCGACGGGGUACAAUAAUGAGUGAGUGCACAAAUUAUUUUUGCAGUAAAAAUAAUUUGUAAAAACAGGAUGGCCAUCUUCAGAUAGGUUCUCUAAAAGUGAAUUUCAGGUAUGAAAGUGCAAAUAAAAUAUGCAACAGGAGCAAAGAAGGAAGAUUAAAGAUUCCAAGCUUCCAGAAAUACUGACUACUCUAUAUUGUCUUUCCAGAGUCCUUAUAUUGUACGCUGUCAAUUGAUUUCAUCUUAACCCCUUUACAAGUUAUCCAGAAACAUUAAAGGGUGUCUGCUGCUUCUUCUAUCUUCCUCUUCUGGUAUCUUAUGCAAACUGUCUGGGACUAUCCGAGUUCAAGUGUAAGUGAAAAAAAAAUGAAACUGGUAAAUGUAAUUGGGUCCUUUUAGAAUAACAAAAUCUAUUUUGAGGCUCAAUGUUUACCUUGAAGCUUAAAAAACAAAAGUUUGGUAAUUAACAACAACAAAAGUAUUUUGUGCCAACUGAAUAGUGGUGAGCUAUUUUAUCUUAGAGUAGAGUUGAGAUUGUACAGUACACAAACUGUCAGUACAGCCUCACUUGUAAGUGCACUUUAAACACACGCACACACACACAUAUACACCCAUGCAAUGAUAUUUCCUUAUUUAUCUUUUAAUCUGCGCUGGAUUUUCUUCUUUGUGUUUUCGUAAGGCUCUAAAUAGUCGCCACCAGACCCCCACUAAUGGUUGACUCAUGACCUAGCUGUUCUGAAGAAAACAGAUUUAUCACAUUAAGACGAGACUGACCACAACUUGGUCAGGAAAAUAUCCCAAAAGACACCCUGCAUGUGUUUGGUCCACAAUAAGAGCUGGAAAUCGCUCACAGUGAACAAUGGUGCAAUUGUAAGUUGUCUUAUUGAGAAAAUGAAGCCAUUACCGUAUUUGACCAUGACAAACUGUGUCAUAGUUCAUACGUCAGGGGUGAAUUUCUGUUUUUUUUUUUUUUUUAAAUGUAAGAUGCUUUUUAUAGAUGGAGAAUGUUGGGAUGAUGCAAAUGGUCAAACAUGUUUAAUUUUGCUGUCAUGAAAGAGACAAAUAAGAUAUUUUUUUCGUUAAAUGAUGCUUUGUAGGUGACAAGCCUAUAUGGUAUUGCAAGAUGUACAUGUUGUGUAUCUAAACUGAGCAAAUAAAUGUUCUCUCAAUGUA